AGUGCUGUAGAAGAGAGGGCUGUUAACCAGGCUGAGAGAAUAACUUAAACUAACUUCGAAACCCUGCUUCAGAAACCAUGGGCUCCCGGUACAGCACACAGCGUUUAUUCGUGAUUUACUUCUACACAUUGGUGAUGAGGCAUGUAGGAGGAACAACACAAUGUGGUGAAGGAUUUUACCGAACAAUAAACAGGACUUGUAUCGAUGACAAUGAGUGUGAAUUAGAUGUAUCUGCCCGGUGUGGUGUCAACACAGAAUGUCACAAUACGUUCGGGAGUUUCUACUGUACCUGUAAGAAAGGAUACUCCACACACUCAGGAGAAACUCACUUCACCACCACUACACACUGCCGAGAAGACAAUGAAUGUUACCACAUGCCACCAGUGUGUGGCCCCAAUACAAUAUGUUAUAACACAUUGGGAAGUUUCUACUGCCUGUGCAAGAAAGGAUUCAGCACAUCAUCAGGACUAACUAACUUUACAACUGGUUAUGCGGGGUGUUUAGAUAUCAACGAAUGUGAAACAGACCCCUGCGGUUCAAAUGCAACAUGUACGAACAAAUUUGGCAAUUUUGAGUGCACCUGUAAUGAAGGAUUUGCCUCAACCACUGGAGAACACACUUUUACUGAUAGAACCGUCACACAGUGCCGAGAGAAGAAAACGUGUCAGGAUGCAGUGAGAACAUGUGGCACCAAUGCUGACUGUAUAAUGGCAAUGGGACAGGUCACUUGUAGAUGCAAAGGAGGCUUUCUCUCAACCACAGGGGAACCCACCUUUACCGAUAAAGCGAAAGCACAGUGUAAAGCCAAUCUGUGUCUGUCUCACAUCUGUGGAGCCAAUACUGUGUGUCGCCAUAAAGCAGGCCGCUUCUACUGUCAAUGUCUCCAAGGAUUUUCCUCAGCCACUGGGGGCACUCGAGUGACUUUGAGAGCCCCCUGCAUCGAUAAAGAUGAGUGCCAAGAUACGGUGGCAGUUUGUCGUCACAAUGCCAGCUGUACCAACACAGUGGGAGGCUUCCACUGCACCUGCAAUGAAGGCUUUGCCUCUCUCAUUGAACUAUCUAAUGGAACAAUUGACUGCCAAAACCUGAAAACCCUUCAGCCAAGAUCUUCAUCUCUUAAGGAUAUCUGUGUGUUCGUCAGGAAUUAUGUCGACAGCCUUAACAAGAUGCAGAGCCACAGAUCAAAAGAAUUCCACUUGCUGAUCUCCAACUUCCUCAAGGUGAUGGAGAGAUACACUCUUACACUUGCCAACGAUUUAGAUCACGAAGAGAUGAAGAACUUCUCAAGUGAUGAGUUCGAUAUCAGCAUGCAAGCAAUCCGGAACAAUACAAUCCCGAAGGCCGGAAGAGCAAAGCUAUCCGUCGCUAAUGCCAGCAUGGACAUUAGCUGGAACAGUGUGACAGGGAAGGAAAAAUUUGAUGUUGCUGCCGCUGCCCUUAUUUCAUACAAAAAGCUGGACUCUGUUAUGGAACACAACCUGUUGGAUAGCAACAAGAAAUUCGAGUUGAUCUCCAAAGUUGUCACUACAGCAGUAACCAAUAAAGACAAGGAUAACCUCGAAGAUCCAGUCAUCCUCACCUUUGAGAACAAGAAGCACAAGAAUGGGAAGGUGAUGUGCGUCUACUGGGACAGUUCAGAGGCUGCCUGGUCUGACCACGGAUGCAAAUUGAAGAAUUCCACCUCAAUGGUCACCGUUUGCAGCUGUUCACAUCUGUCAAGUUUCGCUGUGCUCAUGGCCUUGCACAAAAUCAAGCAUAGUGAUGCUAUCAUCCUAAACAUUAUCACCAUGGUGGGCAUCAUUUUAUCGCUUGUGUGCCUCUUCAUUUCGAUUGUCACAUUCAUUCUGUGCCACUCCAUCAAGAGUGUAAGGACCACUAUUCACACCCACCUCUGUGUGAGCCUAUUCUUGGCAGAGUUGCUGUUCCUCAUUGGGAUAUCUCGGACUGAACACAAGACUGUUUGCGCUGUCAUUGCUGGACUCCUGCAUUACCUGUUCCUGGCCUGUUUCUCUUGGAUGCUCUUGGAAGGUGUCCAACUCUACAUCAUGGUGGUGAAGGUAUUCAACGCAAACAGCAUGCGCCUAAAGUACAUGUGCCUGUUCGGCUAUGGCUUUCCCCUGCUGGUGGUCGCUAUCUCGGCCAUUAUGUAUUCUAAAGGAUACGGGACAGAUGAGUAUUGCUGGUUGAAGCUGGAGUCAGGCUUUCUGUGGGCUUUCAUCGCUCCAGUCAGUGUCAUAAUUGUGGUUAAUGCAGGAUUCUUUAUCCUUACUGUAUGGCAGCUUGUGAAUAAGUUUUCCAGCCUUAACCCAAAUAUGAGCGAAUUGAAGAAAGUCAGGACCUUCACCUUCACAGCUAUCGCUCAGCUCUGCCUCCUGGGAUGUACCUGGAUAUUCGGAAUGCUGCAUUUCCAGGACGGCACUAUUGCAAUGGCUUAUAUCUUCACCAUCAUCAACAGCCUACAAGGUGCAUUCAUCUUCAUCCUGCACUGCCUCUUCAAUAAGCAGGUGAGGGAUGAGUACAACAAGGCCUUCAUCGGAGUUUGCCGCAUGACGAAAGCAUCCAAAUACUCCGAGUUUUCGACAUUUUCAACCCAGGGGUUGAAAAGCACAAAUGAAACAGGCAUGUGAGCCUGGAGGGGGAGCACAGCGUCGCAUGCUGAGCUAGCAGGAGAGCUGCUUUUUUUUGAGCAAUAGAGAGACAGUGAGAGAGACAGCAUUGUUUGACUGAUUGACUCUGUCUGGAACUGAGAGCAUCUUACAUGUCCCACUCCUGCUGACUGGUUUUCCCGCAGUUUCUCUGUUUAAAUGUGGUACGAACUUUGGAAGAGAGUUUAAUGAAGCUUGUGCGUGGGAGGGGUGGGGUGCGGGGAGGAGGGGACAGUGACUUGAAAACAUUUUGUGCCAUUCCUAAAUUCUGAAAUGUUCUCAACCACUUGGAUGGGUUUGCUUCUGUGAGCAUGUCUCACAAAAUGGGCUUGUAUAACUCUUCGGAUUCGAGCAUCAUUGUACAAUAACGACAAUGCAGCAGAUUAUACGAUGCCUAUUCGUCCUGAGCACCUAGGAUCAAAUGGAUGGCCUGGCUAGAGAAGGGCCUUUUGCCUUGGGCUAAGUGUCAUGUGUGAAAAGUGCUUGAGCGGGUAUUUUCAAUCUCAUUGGCACUCUGAUUACCCCAAGUAUUUUUGUCCCAUCAGACCAUGGAUUUCAAGGGUGGCAUUGGGCGAAGGACAUUUUGCCAAGUGUAGAGCUCCAGCCAACCCUGGGCACAAUAGUCAGGCAGGCUGUAAAAUCAGAGAGAGUUCCCACACCGAUGCUAAAAAAAACAAAGCCCCACUUCUACUCAAGCCAAGUCUGACCCGAGUCCCUUCAGGCUUCCAGCUGCGUUGCACUGCACCUUUGGGAUUCAGCUCUGAAAUCAGCGGGGAACUCACUGAGCCCGGUGCCAACACAGCUCACUGGCUACUUGCUAAAACCUGAACCCAAGUGUGGUGCCAGGGACGGGCAGGGGACAACCUGAGGACCUGCUGCUUUCAAAGCAAUUAAACUCCAUUUGCGUAAUGAGCUGUUCGACGUUAGCAGAGGAAGUACCUUCGAGUUUAUUUUUUAUAAAGAUCUGUUUGCUUUCCAUAUGGA